AUCGCCGCCAUGAUACUCCUGCGAAACCAAAUUUAUUUCAAGCAUAAUUUGAAAUAAUUUUUUAAUAAUUACACUCUGCUCCUGGUCAAUAUGAACGGGCUACGAACUGCAGCGGCCAGGACGCCCACAAGUAGACAGGUUUCUCUGUCUUCAAUUACGAGACCUUCAUCCAACAUUUCCACUCUUCCUAGCCGGAUAGUUCAGCAAAAUCGAAAUUUACAAUUUUCUACAGUGGGCUCUUCCAGAACUGCGACUCUUACAUAUCCCGCGCCUUUGCGAUCGCGAUUUUUACCAGAGGAAAUUCGGUCUGCAGUAUAUCCUGUAUCCUCGCGGCAUUUCCAUAAAAGCUCAAGAUUAGGCAAGGAAGAGAAGGCAAAGCCAGCAGAUCCGGCCGCGAAGGAGGAGGGUGCAGAGGAAGAGGCUAACAAGAAGAAGUCUACUAAGGACUCAGAGUCUACUUCUGGGGACGAAAAGACCAAGGAAGAGGGUGAAGGUAGCGAAGGCAGCGAAGGCAAGAAGGAGGGUUCAAAAGAGGCCCCUCCUCCCCCACCACCCCACGGAGACAAAACUCCAUGGCAAGUCUUCACUGAAACCUUGCAGAGUGAAUUUAAGGCAUCCAAAGAAUGGAAUGAAUCUACAAAACAAUUGGCAGAGGGCGCACAUCAAUUUACAGAGAACGAAAAUGUCAAGCGUGCUAGACAAGCUUUCGAAACUACUACUGGAGCUGUAUCUUCGACAACUGGCAAAGUUUUAAAGACCACUGCAGGUGCGGUAGGUAAGGGAGCUGCUUGGACUUGGGAAACUCCUGUCGUCAAGGGAGUGAGAACUACCGUCAAUGCUACAGCCAAUGUACUUGACAAGGCAACACAACCAAUUCGACAGACAGAGGCAUAUAAGAAUGUCAAGAACGUGAUUGAUGACGGAAGUAGUUCGAGGUAUGGAGGAUGGGUGGAGAAGGAAGAGAGACGGAAAGCAAGAGAAUUGCGGGAAUUAGAAGAAGGAACCACUGGCAAAAGCAAGGAGGUUCCUGUAGAAGACCCAAAGUAAGUGGUACAUCAUCCAUGAAAAUCCGCAAUUAACAAGUACAGCGCCGGCACAAACGUUACCGUACACAAAGACUCCGCGUACAAGGAGGCCUGGAGAGAUUUCCGUGACUCAAAUCGACUCAUGCAAUCUUUAUUCUCCAUGAAAACCGUCUACAACGAAUCUGAAAACCCCUUGAUCUCCACCGCCCGCAGCAUAUCCGAUCGAGUCGCCGGAUUCUUCGCCGAAAAUGAAACUGCCCAAGUAAUCAAGAAAUUUCGUGAAAUGGAUCCCUCCUUCCAAAUGGAACCUUUCCUUCGCGAAAUGCGCGAAUAUAUCCUCCCCGAAGUCCUAGACGCCUACGUGAAAGGCGAUACUGAAACCCUCAAACUCUGGCUCUCAGCAGCUCAAUUCUCCGUCUACGAUGCACUUUCAAAGCAAUACACAACCGCUGGUCUCAAAUCCGAUGGUCGCAUCCUCGAUAUCAGACAUGUUGAAGUCCUAUCCGCAAGGAUGUUAGAUAAUGAUAUCCCAGUCUUCAUUAUUACAUGCAGAACACAGGAAGUCCACGUAUAUAGAAACGCAAAGACGAACCAACUAGCCGCCGGCAUGGAAGAUAAGGUUCAAUUGGUCACCUAUGCGAUUGGUGUUACGAGAGUAGCAGAAGAUGUUAAUAAUCCGGAGACGAGAGGUUGGAGACUCAUCGAGUUGCAGAAGAGCGGAAGAGAUUAUAUAUGAGAAUCUUCUCAUUCCUCCACUUUUCAUUUCGACUCCAGGCUCAUAGAAGUCUAUAUCCUCUCUUAUCUAUUUCAUCACCAUAUUGUAGCAUAGCCUCCCUCGUCCUCAUCUUCCUAAAGCAAGCCAUCCCUUCACAUCUUAUGGGUCAACAACGUACCCACAUCACACACACACACACACACAUAUUCAUCCAUACAUCACCAUCCUCUUGUACAUCAUAUUAACAUCAAAUCAAAUCACAUGAUACCAAACUCAUAUCCAAACCCAAGUCCAACCCAACCCAAAAACCCAGACGAAUCAAGAGUUCCAAGAAGCAAAAGAACUCACCUCACCACAAAACACCGGUGAACUAACAAGUGUAUUCGCUUGUAACAUUGUACUAACGAAAUCAAAAUCAAAAUCAAAAAAUUUCAUCCAUUUUGCUUCGUCUGAAUAAUUCGGAUGAUUAUAGCAUAGCUACUUUACGCCACUCUUACGACUUUCAUAUAUUUAGAAUUGAAUGAAUUGAAUUGAAUUGCGGGAAAAGGAGAAGGAGAAGUAGGAAGAGGAAGAGAGAUAUGAAACGACAUGAUACGAAAGGGACGGGAAAAAGAGUAGACGAUAGGAAGGCAGGAAUCAAAAAAAUUUCACAGCCUCCAUGUGUGAAAGGAAAGGAGGGGAAAGGAAAAGAAAUAUGUUCAUUUAUUGUACGUAUGUAUGUAUCUAUCUUAUGUACAAUUAACGAGUGAUCGAAUAGAAGAACAAUGUAUAUUGAAAUGAAAUGAA